AUGGCGACGGCAAAGAAACGCGUCUCGUCUCAUUCGAGCCCUUACAACAGACUGGUCACGGUCGCCGUGGCCUUUGGGUCAAUGACAUAUGGGUACUGCUCGGCUAUCAUUGGGAGUACCAUCGGACAACCAGGCUGGUAUCAAUACUUUGACCUUCCCAUGCAAGGUGAACCAGGCUAUGGAGGAAAGACGACCGACGCCAUUGCAACGGCAAACGGCCUUUACAGUGCGGGAGGAGCUGUUGGAAGUCUCUUCAUCGCUUGGUCCGCCACCGCCAUCGGCCGGAAACGGAGUAUUCAACUCGGAGCCUUGCUGGCCAUCAUCGGUGGUGCAUUUCAAGGUGGUGCGGCGGCUUUGGCCAUGUUCCACGUCGGACGGGUGAUUAGUGGGCUGGGCAUCGGUAUACUCGUCACCGCCUGUCCCAUGUAUCUGUCGGAAUUGGCACCGCCGCAAAACCGAGGAUGGCUCGUUGGCCACCAUGCCAUUUUUCUGGUGUUUGGCUACAUGCUUUCUGCGUGGCUCGGCUACGCUUGCUAUUUCGCAACGGCGGACAAUCCGUCCUUCGCGUGGAGGUUUCCACUCUGCGUUCAAACGCUACCGCCCCUGGUCCUGGGGAUCACCUCGAUAUGGAUCCCCAAAUCACCCAGAUGGCUGCUCCAAAAGGGCAGAAUUGAAGAAGCUUGGACCGUCAUCCGCAAAUUGCGCCGCUCAGCAGACGACCCUGACGACCUCGUCGCCAAAGAGGAACUCUACCAGACAAGAGAACAACUCGCUCUCGAUGCCGCCAAGCUCAAGACCGUGGGCUACGGACCUUGGAUGGCCUGCUUCAAGAAGAGGAGCUACCGCAAGCGAAUGAUCAUCGGCUUCCUGACACAAUGGGGAGCCGAGUUCGCAGGCCCGCUGGUUAUCAACAACUACAUGGUCAUUCUCCUGACCAACCUCGGGCAGACCGGAUCGAUGCCUCUGCUUCUCUCUGCAGUCUGGCUCACUACCGCAGGCGUAAUCUACAACCCCCUGGGCGCCUGGCUCCACGACCGCGUCAACUCCCGCCGAUUCAUGUACAUGUUCGGCACCUUCGGGUGCCUGAUCACGACCUCGAUCCUGUGCGCCCUCCUCGCCACCUACGCAGGCCACCCCGACAUGAAAGGCGGCAACGCCGGCGGCGUGUUUAUCGUCUUCCUGUACCUCACCUUCCAAGGCACCUUCUGCGACACGACCAUGUACCUGUACGUGUCGGAGAUUUUCCCGACCGAAAUCCGCCCCAUCGGCAUGGGUUUCAGCCUGUUCGGCCAGUUCGCGGCGACCAUCAUCCUCCUGCAGACCGCACCCCUGGGAUUUGUGCACAUCGGCUGGAAAUACUAUUUGGUGAUUGUCGCGUGGUGCAUCGUCUACCUGCCCAUGAUCUACUUCUUUUGGCCCGAGACGGCGCGCCUGUCGCUCGAGGAGAUUUCCAAGCAAUUUGGUGAUGAUGUCGCCGUGCAUGUGAAUGAUAUAAGUGAGGAGCAGAGGAGGGAGCUGGACGAGUUCCUCAAGGCAAGGGAUAUAGUGCACGAGAACGCAGCCCCCAAGGGAGCGGAUGAGCCAGGUAUGCCGCCCGCGACGGAGAUUGAGGAGAAAACGAGGGCAAAGGUCUGA